AAUUUUAAUGCAUGAGAGUCCAUUGCGCUGUUCGUCAGACAUUUUGUCGGUCAAUCCUCUUGUACCGUUAAUACUGUAGAGAUACUGAAUUGACACAGUCGUGCAUCCAUGAAUCUCGUGCAGCCUAAUGUUGAGAGCCAGGAGCGGACAUGUUUUCCUGGAUUUUAUACGGGCCCCGUGACGACGCACAGCAUCCGUAGAGGUACACCUUGUGCACAGUGGGUAGUCGUCGGAACGUUUAUCAAUAAAAAGAGUGAAGCUUCGAUCUGGAGUGAAACAAUGAUUCGAUUGUUUAUGAACUUCUUGUGAAAAGAUAUGAAUGGAUUGUUCGGUAUGUUAAACAAGAAUCGUGAGGAACAUGAAAACUUGUGAGGAAUUAGGAUGAAAUUUUUGUUGAGUGAUCAUUGUUUUGACGUUGAAUUUUUACACAACAAAUGUGCUGUUUAUCACGACGAAAAUCUUCGAAUUCUGUUUUAUUAGCCAAACCGUGCUGAGCAAAUGCAGCUUUCUUGUGUGACUAUACUGUCAUUGUUGCGUGAAUGAAACGGGCCCCUGUGAGGCGGUUACAUUUGUGUCAACGUAGGUGUCUGUUUUCAGACGACGGCUAUAAAUGUACUUGUUACGGAAGAUCUUAUUGAAAUUGACAUUUUGCGCGGUGUUCUUCGUUUUACUGUACUCGUUUCAAGCAUCUACUAGUGUCUAUUGGAACACGUAUAAUUUUGGUGGACAGAAUGUUUCAGAGAAAAUGGAAUUUCCAUCCGCCGUAGCUGUGGCUAAAUACUCUAAUGACAUAGCCUCGAGUAGCUAUGUUGACAGUACGGUGACCCCGAAGAAGAUUGAAUAUUAUAAUGUAUGGUGCAUAUUUACUAAGGUCACUUCUAAUUCUCCUAUACGGAGAAAAUUUAAGAUAUUUUCGGAAACGUUGCUUAGGCUAGCAACUGUUGACAUAGCCUUCCAUGUGAUAACCGAUUCUGACAGCAAAGGAAUUGCUGAAAAUGAAAUACAGGGUAUUAUGAGAAUGACUGGAAAACUAAUGAAGGUGCAAUAUUAUGAUGUACACAAAUUGGCUUCGCAGCUUGAAAAUAUUGUUUCUGUGAUGUCACCUCAUUUUAGUAGCAAGCCAGGGACGUAUUACUCAGAUGCUUUGUUCUUUCUGUCACUGGGCUUGCAUAGAAUAGCACCAAUGGAUCAAAAUUUGGCUGUUAUGUUUGAUGUCGAUACCAAGCUCAGAAGAGACAUUAAAGAACUUUUUCAAGAGUUUAACCACUUUGGAGAGAAGGCUCUGUUCGGUCUGGCACCAGAAUUAACUCCUGUCUAUCGGCAUGUCCUAUAUCUCUACAGGAGUAAAAAUCCAAAGACAAUAUUUGGUGAGCCUUUAUAUUCAGGAGGAUACUCUGGCUAUAAUAGUGGGGUAAUAUUAAUCAAUCUAGAAAGGUUACGAAACUCCUUGGAAUAUGAUCAAAUUGUUAGUCAAGAUAGUGUUGAUCAUCUUGCAGAAAAAUUUAAUUUCAAGGGUCACUUAGGAGACCAGGACUUUUAUACCAUAUUGGGAAUGGAGAGACCUGAAUUUAUUUACACACUUGAUUGUGGCUGGAACAGACAGUUGUGUACAUGGUGGAGGGAUCGUGGAUACACUGAUGUUUUUAGUAGUUACGCCCAGUGUGAUUCAGAAACCAAACUAUGGCAUGGAAACUGUAACGCUCCUAUUCCUGAUGAUUAGGUAGUCUAUUUCGCUUAUUACUUAGUGCAUUCGUUAUUUGAAAAAAAGUAAUAGAUUGUUCUAUCUCAUGGAGAUAGUAAUCUCUUUAGAUACAGAAAGUAAUUGGAAUACAAAUUUUGAUAUUUUUAUAUAUUCAUAUUGAGAAACUGUGAUUUUAAAGUGCCUUUUAUCAUUUCAAUACAAGCUCUGAAGCUAGCAACAUAAAUUCAUGACAACUUCAAAUCGUUAUGAUGGAGAAACAAUAGUUUUAGCGUAUAUUACAAAUGGUUUAUAUAUUUUAUGAACUCCAAAUAAUAUUAUAUCAUAUUAAAUAUUCUACUGUUAUACAUUAUAAUUAUUAAGUUUCUGCAGUAUUGCCAAAAUAAUCAAUUUUUACGUUAUCGUUAUAUGUAAGUACUUCGUCCAUCAAGUACGAUAUGUUGGAUUUAGAAAAAUUACCAAGUAUAAUCGGUCGUUUAUAACAAACAAUAUGAGAGAUGUCGGUGCUGAUAGAAUUAAAAAUUAGUUGCUUUUUAUAAGUUUGCAACAAAUAAUGCAAAGGAUAAAUCAGUUAAGGCAUUUCAUGUAGGAUUAACUUUAAUGCAACUAUAAGUUAUAACUUACAUAAAUAGAUUACAGUUUUAUGAUGUUAUAGUUGCGUAGAGGAUAAUAAUAUUAAAUACAGUAUUGACAUAUGUGCUAUA